CCCUUGGCCGGAAUCGGUGCAACCAUGUCCGGCAGCUGGUGGAGCAGCGCUGCGGUGACCCACGGACUAAUGGCUCUUUUCGCCAUGGGCUCCUGGAUCUCCGUCAACAGUUUGUGGGUCGAGUUGCCGGUGGUUGUUUACGUGCUGCAUGAAGGUUGGAACCUGCCAGCCUACCUCUCGGUGCUGAUAGCCUUUGGAAACCUGGGUCCCAUAGCAGUGACCGUCACCCACCACUGUGCUCCAGGACGUUUAAAUGAACGUGUGGUCAUCCACUGCAUCCAGGCGUUAGCAGUGGUGGCAUCUGCUCUUCUGGCCAUCUUCUGGUCACACACUGUGAUCAUAGCUGGAGCAGAGAAAUCGGUGCCGUUCCUGCUCUUAACCUUCGUGUUGUCUUUGGUCUGCUGCACGUCCAACGUCACCUUCCUGCCCUUCAUGUUCCGGUACCCUCCACAGUAUAUCCGCACUUUCUUCAUUGGUCAAGGCCUCAGCGCCUUGUUCCCUUGUGUAGUGGCCUUAGGACAAGGUGUUGGGAAGCUGGAAUGUAAAGGUGUGAAUGGAACAGUACCGGAAUAUUUAAAGGAACAUUUCCCGGCCCAGAACUUCUUCUGGUUCUUGUUCGUCAUGCUGUCAAUAUCUGCCCUAAGCUUUCUGGCCUUGACACGAAGACAGACGGCGUCUCCACCAGAGGUGCAGAAGACUGCAGAGGAGGACCACCCUUUACAGAACGGAGGGGCUCCGGUCUCUGAGGAGCAGGUGGAGCAACAGGCAGCAGCUCGGACGUUCUGGACUCAUCGAAACAUCUACCUGUUGGCCCUGCUUGCUCUCUCCAAUGCCCUGACCAAUGGCAUCCUGCCAUCUGUUCAGAGUUUCUCCUGUCUGCCCUACGGCACCAUGACCUUUCACCUCUCUGUGGUUUUUGGAAAUAUAGCAAACCCGCUGGCCUGUUUCCUGGCAAUGUUUUUUGUUCUAAGGACUUCUGCAGGUCUGGGAGCCUUAUCUCUAGCAGGCGGAGGAUUUGCUGUGUAUCUAUUAGCUGUAGCAGCCCUGAGCCCCUGCCCUCCACUGCUGGGAAAUCCUGCUGGAAUAGCUCUGGUGGUGAUUUCCUGGGUCUUUUUCACCGGCUUCUUCUCCUAUCUGAAGGUGGUCAUUGGGACUUUACUUCACGAGGAAGGUCACGCUGCUCUGCUAUGGUGUGGCAUCUCUAUCCAGGCGGGCUCUCUGAUUGGAGCGCUCACCAUGUUCCCGCUUGUCAACGUUUAUCAGGUGUUUGAAAGGGCUCAGGACUGCGUGGACAACUGCAACUUGUAGCAUUUGGGUUUUCACUGGAAUUGACCGCUUUCGUAUUGAAGAUCGUGCCAUCAGGGGGCGCUAACUUGUGACUGAGAAGCCUGAGAGCAAAAAGCAAAAACAAAUCCCAGACAAAGGGAUCUUUCUGUCUUAGAGUAAGACACUGCAGGUUCUUUGUGUGAUCAUUUUAGUGCCUCACUAGUUCAAAUUGUUUACAACAGUCACAACAGCUGCUGACGGAGUCUCUUGCUAUAACUGAUGAUUUACUCAGGGACAGAAUAGUUCACCUUGUUAACUACUGUUUUGAACCAUUUACACUACAUUCCCUACAGGACCAUCACACUAAAAAGAAGGAAAUUAGAAGGAAAUCGACUUUUAAUCUCUAUUUACUUCUAAAAACUACAAUUAGUUUGAACAUAUUGAUGAUUUUUUUUCCCAUCCCAGUGCUUUGACUUGUUUUACCAUGACGUCCUUUUAACAGGACUUCAAAGUACAGCACAAAUGUAAUACACAUUUAUCUGCAGAUAUUCCAAAAUAUUUAUUGAAUACAAAUAUUAUUCUUCUGAGAAUAUUCAGAAUUUCAUGAGGUACAGAGCCGUGUCUAAAGCUACAUAUCCAAGAGGGAUCUGCCCCUUACUUUGGGAACGACCAGACUUCAUGAAUGAUUAAAUUUAAAUUGUGUCUAUGCUGCUACAGAGAAUGUGGAACUAUCAACAUGAUUUCUUUUGUUUACCAAUUGCCUUAACUUUAUGGUUGUAAAGUGACUGUCUUCACCGUGUUUUAGUGCAUUAGCAGGCCCAUUUCUUUUUAGUGAAAAAGUUUAGUUCACCCUCGGUCUGAAACAUCUGAAUGUUUUGUAACAUAAAUUCUCACUAAUUUGUCUUUUCUUGCUGUAUGUACAGUUUUAAAACUUUUUUUUAAACUAAUUUUACUUUCUGAAACAAGUGGGAUCUUCCCUUGUAGUAAAUGCUACUUCUCAUUUUGAAGGUUUUUACUGCGCUGUUUUGAAUUUUUAAGCUACUGUGUCGACAUCUUUGUUUUUGUAAUUUGGUGAAAC